AUGCCUCGAAAACUGAGAGCCAGAAAAACUGACCAUCCUAGUAAAAACAAUACAACCAAUUCCAAAAGUAACAUAAGCGCAGAUGAAACAAACAGCUUGCAUAUCAAAAAUGCUGGCUCUGAAGAAUACAUUAAUACCAGGAAAAGACGAAGGUGUGGUUUUGAAAACAGAAAGGUUUGCGAUGUAAACAAGGAAUCAAGUGCAAAGACCCCUCGAACUAAUAUCAUCCCAGCAGCAUUAGCAAAUGAUGACUCUUCUGCUGAGUUUCCCAACCAACCAGCAAUUGCAAGUAAAACCAAAAUGAAAGUGACAAAAACCAGACCAUCCAAAGAUGAGCCAAAACCCAUUAUGGACAUGGAUGACAAAUCCCAAAGUGUUAAUGAUUUUGUGGAAAAUUAUUCUGAUACAAAGCAAUCCACAACUGAUCAAAUGAAUGAGACACCAGUUGUAUGUUACAAGAAUAGAAGAAAAAGAAGGUUGAUAUCUGGGAUUUCUGAUCCACUUAUCAAAUAUCAAGAACAACCAGAUGUGUCAGUGUCACCUAAUGUGUCAAAGUGUGUCAUUGAAAGACCUAAACGAAGUACAAAAAAAAUAAAUGAUUUUAUAACUGACACUAACCAUAACACCAAUACAACAACAGAUGAACAGGAUAAUAAUGACCCCGAUGCCACAAUGAAGAAAACAAGAUAUUUUAGUAGAAAAUCCAGACUAAUACACCCUCCAACAAAACCCCCAGAACAUACUGCAAAGUCUUUGAAUUCAAGCCAAGUUACAGCGAAGCAAAAGGAACAGACUGUGGAAGGCCCUUAUAUGUGUGUUAUUUGUAAUAAUGACCUUCCAACGAUUGAAGACUUACGAUCACACAUCACUGCGCAUGGGAAAAGGGAAGGUUUGUUACUUGGUGAUAAGAAGUUACUUCAGAUAAAGUGUUUGGACCCCUUGCCUAUUGAAACCAAAUCAACACAGAAAAACAGUCCAACAAGUGAUAACACUACAGAUCAACGAGAAAUUACAAAUAACAUUGAAAAAGAGAAGUUUGCAUUAAAAUGUAAACGUUUGUGUCCUGAUAUUGAAGUAAAGCGGAGCAAUGUGAAAGUGCCACAUAAAAAGUUUGAGAAGCCACAACUUAUUGAACAAAAAGGAGCCAACAUUAUUGAUGUGAAAGCAGACCCUCAACAUGUAAAGGCCUUAUCUCAACAGAAAUCUCCACAUGAACAUGACAAAAUUUCUCUUCAGUCUGCGAAAAAUCCCCCUAAAUCUGCUAAUUCUGCAUCCCAUUCUGGCAAAACUCCCCCUAAGCUUAUCAUGGCUCCGCCUCAACCUGUCAAAACUCCACCUCUGCUUGUUAAAACUCCACCUCGGUCUACUAAAACUCCACCUCAACCUGUCAAAACUCCACCUCAGUCAGUCAAAACUCCAUCUCAAUCCAUCAAAACUCCACCUCAUCUUAUUAAAACUCCACCUCAACCUGUCAAAACUCCACCUCAAACUGUCAAAACCCCACCUCAUACCACUACAGAGUUCAACCCCAGUGGACUGAAUCCAACAUUUUACCCAUUCAAGUGUGAAUACUGUGAGAGACGGUUUCCCCAACGUCGUAAUCUCUGCAAUCAUGAAAUAAUCCACACAGGCGGAAAUUCAGUGAAGUGUGAAGACUGUACAGAAACCUUUAAGUUUCCGUGCGAUCUUAAGGAACAUAAAGUAAUGAUUCAUAACUAUACAGGGGAAUAUAUCUGUGAAAUUUGUCAGAUGGAUCAACCUGAUUGGAAGACGUAUGCCAAGCAUGUUCGAGCACACGCUAGUGAUAAGCUGCAUGUGUGUUCUGUGUGUAACAGAGCGUUCUCACAUAAACAGAAACUGUAUACACACAAGUUAACUCAUGGACCUAUAGAUGGGGCCAAAGUCGCAGAGGGAACAUCAAUACCUCAAGAGAAAUACAGAAAUUGUAGGAAUUCAAAAAAGAGCAUUGUAAAAGCAGAUGCAAUACCUCAAAAAACAAGGAAACAGAAAGAACACAACGUGAAAGAAGAAAAACACAAUGUCAAAGAUAAGGAACACAACAGAAAACACCAGUGUGAAGAGUGUCAGAAAAGCUUCACAAAGGCAUAUAAUCUCCAGGUCCACAUGAGAACACAUUCAGGGGAGAAACCAUACAGCUGUGGACAAUGCGGAAAAACAUUCUCCCAGAGAGGUACCUUAUAUACACAUACACAAAAAGUGCAUGCAGGACAGAAGCAAAAAACUGACCCCAGCAAAAGACGAACUUACAUCUGUGAAAUAUGUGGACAGACUUAUAGAAAACUUGCAAGGUUGAGCCGGCACAUCGCAUCCCAUGAUGGCAUAAAGAAUUAUAAAUGUACCAUUUGCAGUAAAGUGUUUCAGGGACCUGAAGGAUUAAUAUAUCAUAUGAAAGUCCACAGCGGGGAGAAAGCAUUUGUGUGCCAGAUCUGUGGCGCCUCCUUUACUCUAUCAGGAACACUAAAGGCUCAUAAACGUAUCCAUUCAGGAGAAAAGCCUUACAAAUGCGACUAUUGUAACAAAUAUUUUGCUUGGCCAGAUGUCUUGAAGAAACAUAUUAGGAUACACACAGGUGAAAAGCCCUAUGCCUGUAUUGUGUGUGACAAGAGGUUCAUUCAGAUAGCUGGAAUAAAGUCCCACUUUAAGUGUUCUGGACAUAAAGGUAUGCGAAAAGUCCCUACAAGUGAACAAGAGCGUAUCAUCAGUAUCACUAACAAACGAGACACAACAAUUACACCAAACAAAGAAAUGCAAUUAGAUGCAUCUAAACACCAAAAACAAUGCGUGACAGAAAAUGCACCUUCUAAUUUGAAUGGCAGUAAUAAGGACAAGAAAAACACCAAAAUUAUUGCAAAACAAUUUAACGAGUAUGGUAAUAAUAUGAACACUCAUAUUGAAGGUCAAACUUAUCCACCAAAUGACAGUGCAAUUGUUGAAUCUGGUGCUAAAUGUGCAGUUGUUGAUGAUGGCUACACAGAGAAUGAAGCCUCUUCAAUAGCACACUCUGGUGAGGCUCAUGACGAUGAAGAUGAUGCUCAAGAAGAUGUGGCUGCAAAGGUUUCUGAGGAAACUACCACUGAUGCUGUAAAUUGGCUUAAUUUUUUUGCUGAUCAAGAGAAAUGGUCUGGGCCUCCCUUAGAACAAAAUCCUGAUCAAUCGAAACAUUGUUCAACAUCAGAGAUUAAACAAAACAGUUUAAAUGAUCAAGCAGUGAAGAACUCCAUUUGUCAUUAUGAAAAUUCAAUCAAGAGCAUGCUUAGUCAAAAUCAAAAUGACCAGCCAAUCAGAAACAUGCUUAGCAACAAUGAGCAGUCAAUCAGAAAUCUAACUAAUGAUGACCAACCAAUACGAAACAUGCUUAGUAACAAUGAGCAGCCAAUUAGAAACUUCACUAAUAAUGAUCAACCAAUCAAAUUCAUGUUAAGUCACAAUGCACUUUCUACUUCUGUUGGACAAUAUAUAGAUAAUCUUAACUCAAAUGCCUCAGAACCAUCUCCAAAUAUGGCAUUACCAAGCAACAUAAACACAAGCAAUUGCCAUUUUUCUUCCCCUUUGCUCCACUUUGACCAAGGUGUUGGUGCACCAGCUUCAUCUGACAGAUCAUCCCCACCAUCCAUGUCUUCCUCUCUUCGUGUUCCAUCUCCUUCUGUUUCAAAUCCAUUAAAACCAGUCUCUCCAUCUAAUCCAAAUACACAAAAGCAGAUCAGAUAUGAAGCACAUGAUAUACCAUUUACUACACAUGAUUUUUCAACAGAACAUAAUUACACAUAUAGAGAAAGUUACACAUCAAAUAGCUCAUUGUCAUAUCCAAUAGGGCUGCCACCUGUCAGUUCAUAUGUUUCAUCAAUCUCAAACCAACAAGGUCCUAUUGAGAGUGCCCAUACAACUACAUCUAUGUAUAGCAGUCACUAUGAAGGGACACCAUAUACUGAGCAUGUACCCAAAUGGAGUAAAUACCAAAGUGAUGAAACUGGGAGGUCAUAUGUUUCUCCUGAGUCCCAACCAACACCCUACACCAGACACACAGCUAGCAAUAUUAGAGAUCAAUAUGAACAGUAUUUUCCACCAGGUAGUGAUGACACAAAUGAAACAAGUAAAGAAAUAACUGAUAAGUUUGAACUUUCCACCAAUGAUAAGGAAACUUAUGAAAGAGUUCCUUUCAAUUACAAACAAUAUGAAGAUCAUGCUAUCAGAGCAAGGGGUGAUAUCAACCCAGAGGAGAGUAUUAGAGAUAGGUCCAACUUAGAAAACAACGUGGAUGAGCAUUAUUAUGAAGCUACCAGAUAUAUACAUGAAUCAAACAAGACUCAAAACUCUGAUACUUUUGAUAGACAUGUUACUGAGAAUACAUCACAUGACAGUCGCAUAACUCAACAAAGAAGACAUCAAAUGGCACAGGACUUUGAAGAACUGCAAAGCAAUACCGGCUUAAAGUCAAAAGGUCGGCAAUGUGUAGUUAGUGAUACUGGAGAUAUCCAACACAAUGACUCUGAUUUUGAACAAAAUAAGAAAAACCCUAUAGAACAUAACUUCCAGGAUUUUCCUUUUGAAGCAAGCAAACAAAGAUUAGAACACCAUGAAGAAUUCACCAAUGCUCAUCCAUUUGACAACAGACAGCAUACAAAAACACAUGCUACUGGGAAUCAGUUAGAAGACAUACCACCUUUUGAAAUAGGCAAGGGUCAAGGUCACUUGCAUCACCACGACGAUUUCACAGAUCCUUCCUUUGAACCAAGACAACAGUCUUUAGCAUAUAACUCAGAGGAAUUCACCAAUGAAAUUUUUAAAUCAAAACAAGAAAAUGCACAAAUUCAUAAUAAUGAUACUCUCACACAAAGUUCUAUAGGUUUACAAAACUGCCCAAACUUUGAAUCGGUGAACCAGUACACUUUGUCAGAAAAUUCUGGGGAUUUUCCAAACAGACACACAUUUGAAUCUGAGAGACAGCAAGAUUUAAAUCAAAGUGAUUGCGCUAAUAAUUCAUUAGAAGCUAAUAGACUGCAUAGUUUGCCACAAUACCAUGAUAAUUUUCAAAACAAUUCUACCUUUGAAAUAACCAGACGUCAACCUAUCCUAACACAAGAUCACAGAGAAUUCCCUAAUGAUACACAUUAUGAAACCAAUACGCAUCAUCCACAAAUAGAUGGUGCUGAAGAAUUCCAAAAUAACACACAUUUUGAACCAAAACAACAACAUAAUCUAACAAAUUACCAGGAAAAAUUUAAUAACAGUUCACAUUUUGAACCAAACAGGCGACAUACACCAUUACCUCAAAAUCUAGGGGAAGUUCAAAACAAUGCACACUAUGAACCAAACAGCGAAAAUGCUAUAACAAAUGACCAUGAAGAAUUCCAAAACAGCACACAUUUUGAUGUCAAUGGCAAGCAACAUUCUUUAAUGCAUGAUCAAGAAGAAUACCAAAGCAAUUCACAUUUUGAGUCAAGAAGACAACAUACCCCAAUAUCUCAUGAUGUGAAUAAAGAACAAAACAGAACAGACUUUGAAGGACAACAACAUUUGUUUGCACAUGAUCAUGGGGAAUUCCAAAACAACACAUAUUUUGAAAUAAGUAGACCAAAUACGCUUAAUCAUGACCUGGAUAACUUUGCUAGAAAUAAUCAAUUUCAAGGUGAUGCUUGUACCCAACGAUCUCAACAUAUCUCUUGUGCAACAGAAACUGACUUGCAUAAUUCAGAGGAAAUCGUUAAUCCAAACAGAAAUUCUAAAGAUGACAUGAGACCUGAUCAAGGCAAUAUUCAACCAAAUGAGUAUGAUAACAGCUUUACAGAUCCUAAUAAUACAGGAUCAUCUGGCACUGACAUACCAAAUAAACCCAUUAUUUCAUCCAUUGACCUUUUCAAUGAGGCAUCAACAUUUUACCGGCACUAUAUUCAAGGCGCUGUACAACAUGCCAUGAAGAAAACACAUGAAAAUGAAUCUAGAACUUACAAACCCCCGCAAAAUGACUACACAGACACUCAAAGAUCUGCUGAUCUUCAUAGACAUUAUGAAAGCUCAAACUUAGCUAACAUAAUUUCAAAUUACAAACAUGCUAGUCCAUAUAAAUCAACACAGUCUUAUGGUGAACAAUCAACUACUGAUACAGGCCAACAUUAUAAUGAUGAAACUGUAGCAGAUCAUUACAGCAAUGAUUUAAAUGGAAAUGCAAGGAAUCAAAACACUAAAAAAUACAAUGACAAUCAUAGUAUUCUUGAAUCUGAAGAGGCGUCUGAAUGUAUGAGACAAAUAGUUAGAGAGAUUUUAGCCAGAAGUGAGCGACUGCCUAUUGAAGGUGAACAAAAAGAACAGAGUUCUGAAAUUCAUGGCAGAGAAGCUUCUUACUCCCCUGAAAGAGCAGAGGCCAUUAGAGUAUACAUGUUAACUGCAAAACCACAACCCUACAUUAGCCAAUCAACAACUUGUAUCUCAAAACCAGAAUAUCCAAUUUCCAAAUUACACGAAGCAGAGUCAAAUUCAGCGAUGCAGCACUCUUAUUAUAUUGAUGAGCCUCACACUGCUCAAGAUACCUUAGACCACCAGGAUAAAGGUGAAGAACAUAACCCUACAAGUGAAAUUUACGAAAAUGACCACAAUUCUUCCCCAGUACUUCCUCCUCAGCAUGUGGUAAGAGAUCACCAUAGAAAUGUGUUUAUUUCCCGUAGUCAAGACAAUUCCCCAUCUCUGAACUACAACAAGGAGACUGAAAAUAAUGUCAUUCAAGUACAGAAGAACAAAGGAUAUGACCUCAUACAAGAAAAACAGCAUCUCAAUAAAUAUCUUAUAUCUGAAAAAGAAAAAAUUGCACAUGAUAACAAAAAGGAAUGCAAUAAUGAUGUUUACAAUCAAAAUGCCCAAGCUGAGAAAAAUGAGCAGAAAAAAUCUAGUAAGAUGGUCCAAAAUAGUUAUACAAUAUACCCAAAUGAUAUUCCCAAAAAAAGAUUCAAGUUUAAUUAUGAUAUCAAUGAUAAGGCGAACAGCAGUCCAGUUUCAGAACAGGUUCCAUUGAAAGGACCUGCCUCUGUUAAUAAUAAGGACAAAGAUGAUACCACCAGAUUAGUUCAAAGUAAAAAUGAUAAUGUUGAAUGUAAUAUUGAUAUAAAGCAAAAAAAGAAAGAUCAUCUUUUACUGGCAGGCCUUAAACAAAAUACUGUCACAUCUGUUACUUCUAAAGUUAACCCUGACAUCCGUAUCAAACAAAAACAAAUCACUGAAGAAGAGCAAUAUGAAGACUUGUUAGUGAUCAUCGUAGAUGCCAACCCUGUAUGGUGGGGCAAAAAUACACCCAAUAAAUCUAUUGGUGUAUCAGAGUGCAUAGAAAGUAUCACAGUGUUUGCCAACUCCCAUUUGAUGCUGAGUACAACCAACAAACUCGCCAUACUAGCCAUUCACAAUAACAAAACACACUACCUAUAUAAUGGAAUAGAUGAAAGUGAUAAUACAGAUAGGCAAGCUGAAGGAGACAGUGGGCAAUAUGGAAAAUUCCAAGAAGUUUCCGAAACCAUCAAAGACUCCUUUAAACAACUUUCAUCAAAUACAGCUGGUAUCCAUGACAACAGUGCUGUGAUGGCAGGUGCCAUGGCGACUGCUCUUUGCUAUGUGCAACGAAUGGAACGGGAAAAGACUGGUAGCGAUAACCUAGCCGCUCGCAUAUUGGUGGUUAAAGGGGCAGAGGACAAUCCAGGACAAUAUCUCAGCUUUAUGAACACAGUCUUCACAGCACAAAAACUGGGUGUUGUCAUAGACAGUUGUGUAUUGGAACAUGACUCAGGCUUGCUUCAACAAGCUUCUGAUAUCACAGGGGGUGUUUAUCUUGCUCUGCCCAGUCAACGAGCAUUACUGCAGUAUUUAUUGUGGGUUUUCCUGCCAGAGCCCAGGGUACGUAGUCAGUUAAGUCUUCCCCAGGCACAGAGGGUUGAUUACAGAGCAGCAUGUUUCUGCCACCGGACACUUAUAGACAUUGGCUACGUUUGCUCAGUUUGUUUAUCAAUCUUCUGCAAAUUUACUCCUAUCUGCUCAACAUGCCAGACUAAAUUUAAAAUGAACAUUCCUCUGAAACUGAAAAGUAAAAGGUUAAAGGCAGUUACAAAUGCGAAGUGAUUUGCUGUGAUGAACAUGAAAAUUCGUCGCGCUGUAGCUAGAACAUGUGCACAUCAAGAGACAGAGAUUUGAAGAGUGAACAAGUGAAGAUUGUGUUUCUAAUACUGUACAUGCAAUGUUUGAAACUCACAGCUGCCUGACUCCCAACGGCAACCACU